UCUACCUUGUCUCCGUGUCUGUCUCUUGUCUCUUUCUCCGCAUCGGAGAGAUUUUCUCUCCGCCGAUUCGCGUCCAAUCACGGCGACUCUGCUGCACACCGAGGCCGGGAACAGUCCAACUGGAUCCAUCCGCCGUCCGGAGGUCUGGAGCUCAGCCGAGGAUACAGCCGCGGAUGGUUGUGUCUCCAGGCGGGGGACCUGGCAGCCCGGGCCCGCAGCGGGAGCAGGGAGGAGGCCCCGACGCCCCCUUGUUCUGACCCAGAAAACAGCACCGACAGCCGGCCUGCCUGUCAACUAGAAGGCCGGUUAGCUGCUGGCCUCUCCGGAGCUCACAGGGAGGCUCCCGGGGAGCACCGUUAACGGGAUCGUUUGCAUCCCACCGGACUUAUUUUGGUUCUAAUUACCGAUCACACGGAUCCAUCCGCACUGACGGAUUUUAACAGCGACCUUCUGGAAACCCGGGAGCUGGCGGCUAGCUAGCUUCAGGCUAGCUGUCCCAGUUAGCUUCUGUCCCCGGUAACCAGACAGCGGAGGCUCCGGAGCGGGGAACGGAGGAGCACGGUCGGUCUCCAAGUACCUUCUCAUCGUUUCUACGGACCUCACCGGAGACACCGAUCAUGGCUGCUGCCUUAAUCAAGGAGAUUGUGAGCAGAAAUAAAAGACGCUACCAGGAGGACGGCUUCGACCUGGACCUGACCUAUAUUUAUCCGAACAUCAUAGCGAUGGGUUUCCCCGCCGAGCGUCUGGAGGGAGUAUACAGGAACAACAUCGACGACGUCGUGCGGUUUUUGGACUCAAAACACAAGAAUCACUACAAGAUCUACAAUCUAUGUGCAGAGCGUCAUUACGACACAUCAAAGUUCAACUGUCGAGUUGCUCAGUACCCGUUCGAGGACCACAACCCGCCCCAGCUGGAGCUGAUCAAGCCGUUCUGCGAGGACCUGGAUCAGUGGCUCAGCGAAGACGAGCAGCACGUCGCCGCCAUCCACUGCAAGGCGGGAAAAGGUCGCACCGGCGUCAUGAUCUGUGCCUACCUGCUGCACCGAGGCAAGUUCCAGGAGGCUCAGGAAGCCCUGGACUUCUAUGGGGAGGUCCGCACCCGCGACAAGAAGGGCGUGACCAUCCCCAGUCAGCGGCGUUACGUCAUCUACUACAGCUUCCUGCUGAGGAACCAGCUGCUGUACAAACCUGUCGCCCUGCUCUUCCACAAGAUGCUUUUUGAAACCAUCCCCAUGUUCACCGGAGGCACCUGCAAUCCUCAGUUUGUGGUGUACCAGCUGAAGGUGAAGAUCCACACCUCUAACCCUGCCCACACCCGACGGGAAGACAAACUGAUGCUGUUCGAGUUCCCGCAGCCACUUCCUGUCUGCGGAGACAUCAAGGUGGAGUUCUUCCACAAGCAGAACAAGAUGAUGAAGAAGGAAAAGAUGUUCCACUUCUGGGUCAACACGUUUUUCAUACCGGGGCCGGAGGAGAACCUUGUCAAACUGGAGAACGGCAGUGCCGGGACGCCGCGGGAACCGGCCGACAGAAUGCAGCAGAAUCCGGGGAUGAUGAUGAUGACGACUACGACGAUGAUGAUGGGAGGAGAAACCAACGAUAGAGACUUCCUGGUUCUCACUCUGACCAAGAACGACCUAGACAAGGCCAACAAAGACAAGGCCAACAGGAACUUCUCCCCGAACUUCAAGGUGAAACUGUAUUUUACCAAGACGGUAGAGGAAGGAGCGAACUGUGACGCCAGCAGCACGUCGGCCUCGGUGACACCGGACGUCAGCGACAACGAACCGGAUCACUACCGCUACUCAGACACAACGGACUCGGACCCGGAGAACGAGCCGUUUGAAGAUGACCAUCACAAUCAGAUCACAAAAGUCUGACACACACACACACAUACACACACUGUCUCUCUCACACACACACACACAUACAGAUAUAUAUGUGUAUAUAUAUAUAUUCAGUAUGUUUACACACUCAUGAGCCCGUUACUGAGACUAGCGUGUUGUUAGCUAACGGGAUGAUGUAACCAAUGGACCACGGCUGAUCUGUGGGACUCACAGAGCUCAGAUCAGUUUAUAAGACCCCACCCCCCCACCCACCCCACCCCCCAUCUUCUGCUCAAUGCACAGCUGGACAAUCACAUGGUGAGGAGGGCGGGGAUUAACGUGUGGGCGGGGCCAGGCCGGGCAAAUGCACGGCGAAUGGACAAUGAGACAGAUGAAUGGACAGACAGGAGAUUUUAAAAAAUAAAAGAGUAAAACUUGAAUAUAAACAAACUGAAAGACAAGUAGACUUCUUUAGUGACUACACCAAGAUGUUUGUUGGAUAAAUACCCACAACCCCUGUGUGUCCUUCCUUCCUUUCUUCCUUCCUGACCAGUUGUAGGAAACUUUAUACCGACCAAUUUUAUUUUUCCAUUUCUUCAAUCUUCAAUUGUGUUAAGCUGUUUCUGAGAGCUGACACUUCUCUCUGUGUGCACACGUCCAACUUUUCAGCCCAAAUUUACAAACCUUACUUUUUUUUUUUUUUUUGAACUCGUCUCAGACGUCGCAGGUUUCUGAAGGCCAGUGAUGAUAUCUGCAAAUUUCAGCAAAAUUAUAUCUGCACUUAAAAUCAGGAAGUCAUUAUGUUGCAGAGUUUCUCUUGUCACGUUUAACUGGGACUGAAAUUUGGACGCUGAGGGACACUAACUAUGAAACCAGAUUAAUGAUGACUAUAAAGAACCAUCACACCUACACUUCAGGUGGGGCUGCUGUGACAGUAUUCAGACCGGUUUGAUGUUCAGCCAAUCACCAGAUCAGACCAGUAUACUAAAUUUUACCACCAGGUGUCACACUUAACUCAGCAGGUGCUCCUGAACUGAGCAAACAGAAAACUGGUGUCCGACGACUGUGCCGCAUCACGUAACGUCUGUCCACACCUAAAUAUGAUCUGCUGUUACAUCACGUAAACAAACCACGUAGCUCUUAGCUGUUAGAUGGAGGUCAGACUGGGACUACUGACACAGUAUGGAUUGAGUGCUGUGACAUGGUCGGGGCAGGUUGGUGAUGUAGGCGACUUUUUAAAUUGCCAAAUUGUGUCUAACGGGUUUAAUGUCGUACACCGGACCAGACUGGACCAGCAGAAUCAGAAAUCAACCCAACUCUAGUGCCACUUGAAGAAGGUGAGCCAGUUGUAGGUUCAGAUUUUCGUCCUGACAGAUUAUUGUAGGUUCUUGUACAUCAAAACAGAACCCUGUUCUUCAAAAGAAGAACAGACUAAACUGGACAGUGGUGAGUCGGUUUGGAUCAGUAUCACUUCAGACUUAUCCAGAAUAGUCUGAUCCAGUUUGGACCAGUUAGUCUGAGCUGGUGUGAGCCAGUUUGAGCUGUUUCAGACCGGUCUGAGUUCGUCAGCAGUCUAACUUUGGGCUAAAACUGAAUUACAGAGUUCUUUAAUCUGUGAAGAGUUUUUACACUUCGUUGAUUUUUUUUGUGUUGUUGACAUUGGAAACUACCAAAGACCUUCUGAGCCCUCCAGACUUACUGUUCCUAGUCCUGAGUCCUGUUUGGACCAGUCUCACUGCUGGUCUUUAGCAGGUUUUGGUCAGGACUGGCUUUGGGACGAGCAGCACACAGAGAGAAAUGACAGUCUGAGAAAGACAAUGAAGAAGAGAAACUUCACAAUCUGCUGCAACUCUGUCAAUCAUCUACUGUCGAGAACACAAACAGUACAAACCUACUGUGAACAAAUGCUUUUCUGUCUGUCCGUCUUCAGUUUCUCUUCAGCUCUUCAAUCAGCUCCUACACCUACAGAAAUGUAUUUUUGUUAUACUCUGACUUAUAUCCAACAUUAAGCUAAACAAUAGACAAGCUACACACAGUGUAACCAUUCCUUGAGCUAUGUAGGCUAACGCACCCCGACACAAGCUACAGCAGAAACCUUCAACUCCAGAGCGCUUGGUUUGAUGUGCCUGGGAUGCCAGGCGGGUGGGGUUUGCACUUUAUAAAGGACAGUUUACUGAAUGUUGAUGCAAAUUUCCAGGCAAGCCCAGUCCAUCCAACAAAGCCUGUCUGGCUCCUGUCCUACUGAUUAGAUCGAGUCCUUUUUAUAAAGUUGCCAUCUUUGAAGUUUGAGCUCAGAGUUUCUCAGCCUUGGGGUCAGGACCCAACAUGGGUUUGCAGUUGAUGUUUCAUGGAUAAAGAUCAGGUACAGAUCACUGUCCUCGAGAGUAUUUUGGGAUCAUGGGCCAGAUGAUGUUGAGGAACCCUUUCUACCAAGGUGAAAGAAGUUUGUUUGAGCAUUUCAUUAACUCAGCAGCUGCUGACCAAUCAGCUUCCAGCAGGUUUCGUGACCUCAGUUGGUCUUGAGAGUCAGGAGGUUCAGCCUCUUCUUGUCUUUGGUUUCUGACAUUUCAAAAAAAAAAGGUUGUUGCUCUGUAACUAGUAUAGCUCUGUCCAUAGACUAUUAAUCGUUGUACUCGCCACUACUUCUUGGAGACAUUUAAGUACUCACAUUCUUGCAAACUGAACCUUUAACACCAGGGAUGACAGGAUCACAUUAGCAUUACAGCAGGUUCAGGGCUAUUCUGUCUGGAUUUUACAGAAAUAAAUGAACAUUAGGGAUGCUCCGAUUCGUCUUUUAGAUUCAUAGACUUCAUUAGAGCAUUAGACAUCAAAGGAAACAGGAACUAAUCACCAACUGGUUCCUGUUUUUUGGGCUCUUACUGAAUGUUGGGGCUUACCUUCUUGUGCAACAAGCUAAAAGAGAAAUUUAAAACCUCCUCUAAAUGUAAACAGACUUUUGGAUGAUUAUUUUGUGGAUGUACCUUCUUAUGUCUGCAAAGGAAGCUUCCUCCGCCCCUGCUAGUGUUUAUACUGCAAAAAUUACCCUUAUUGGACUUAAAAUGGCAGCGACGUCUGAUUGCUGUACAGUCGAGAACAGGCCAUGAGAGCACUAUUUAAAGUAUUUAAAGUAAUUUCUAUUAAAAAACAGUCACUUUGCCCAGAUUUCAUCUGAUUGAACGGAGCAUCCUUCAUGAUCUAAAGGAACAUCUGCCGUCAGAUUGAGCGUGGGUAGAAGUUUUAGUUCUGAUGUCUAAUUUUCCGUCCUAACAUUUGGUGCUACUACCGAUCAUUGGCUCUAAGUUCGUCCUUAUUGAUUGUUCAUCACAGGUGUCGUAUCAAGAGUCUGGGUUGGGUCUUAUAGUUCAUGAUGUCGACCCUGCGGGCCUUACCAAGAGCCUGGUCACACAGGACGUACUUGAAAAUAAGAAAUCCUCAGCGAUUAUUCUGAGAAGCUGCAGAGGCAGAAGCACUGAUACUGUCAUGUGACUCUCAAGGAGAUGUUCGAUAGAAGGCAGUUCCCAAGCUGACAUUCUAUCUCGACAUUAUAACAGAACCUGAACUCAAGGGGUCAAAGGCACACAGCCGCACACUGAAAGGCCAAUCACGGUAAUAUCAAGCACGACUGGUUACAAUCUUGAUGUCCCAAAUGUGUCAGAGAACAGGGUUGAUACUGACAGAGCAGGGACGAAGAAGUUUAUCUGGGACUCAUACGGGACCGAUCCCGGCGUCCAGAGGACACUUGGCCAUUCUUAGUCCUGACCACAGACUGUGUAUAAAGAUGGACAACAUGACAGCUCACCAAAAAUGAAGCCUAAACAUUUAAAUUGCCCCCUGGUGGCUGGCUGCAGUACAGGUCAUAAACCCCACCCCCUUCAUGUUAGUAGAUGGGACAUGAGGUGCUGCUCGCGAUAAGUUGGACAGGUGCAUGAGCAGGAAACUUUGUUACCGUAACGAAAUGGCAGCGACCGUAUCCAGAAUAUUUUAACUUGAGUUCUGUACAGUGGGAGGAGGUGGGGACGCAUCAUCCAUCUUAAUAAACAGUCUGUGGUCCCAACACUCCAAGUUUGAAGCUGUCUCUUGGUGAAGGUGAAACACGCUGAACAGGAAUGACAAUCACAAACUAGUAAUCUGAUGUCCAUCUUUAUCGCAGAGCUAAAGGAGAAAGACCCAGUUCAUUAAUCAUCUGAUUGGAAAGCGAAGAAAUUCCCCCAAAGACGUAAGCCGUUUUUCUGUUCCUUUAUUUCCUCGCAGUGAGGUGUACUGGGCAGAUAAAAUACGUUGGUCCCAGACCUCUUAAUUGAUGACCAAAAACAACCAAGUCAAUCACAUCUUUGAAGGCAGGGUUAAGAGGGGAACGCCAUCUUCCAGAGCCAGAAAAACAUCCACAAAAAUAAUAAAACGCGUAGAUAUGAUGUUCAUAGCUGGAGGGGUCAUUGUUAGUUGACUUCCUCUCUGUGCCAAAGGAAGAGAAACAAAACUGACUUUCUGGUCAACAGAUCAUAAAACCUUGGAUCCCAAAAAAAAGGACUUAAAACUCCUUGAAGUCAUUGGAUCAAGUAGAAAAAGGUGCCUGCCACUGAUGACGUUGCGUCCUGUGUGAUCAUGUCUUGGGGGCUAUUAGUACUGCAGCUCAAUGAAAGCCUCUCAUAGCCUCGUGCUCUCAGAAGACCGGUGCUUCUGAACAGCCACCGUCAGUCCUACAUGUCAUCUCGUUGGGUUUAAGGUGCUAAGCUAAGCUAGCCAGGGCUGAUGUUGAGCCUGUUGUCCAUCUUUGGUGCUCUCUACCAGCCACGAGUGUUCGUGUCUUGAUCUGUGACACCGAGCAGCUCUGUCGUCAGUGUGGCGAUCUAUCCACAGGCUCUGUUUGUGUAUUUUACAACAACAACACACUUCCUGUCCUGACUCCUGUUAGGUGCUGUUAAGCCUGGCCUCACUUCCUGUCAGCACCCCGUUCAAGCAUGACUGCUGUGUAGAUUUGUUCAGUGGAGAGGCUUAAAACCUGAAAGAGGUCACGCAGAAAACACAACAAACUACUGCAAGCUGGUGUGGACUCCUAAACUCAACCAGCAAACCUAGAUUACAUCAUCCACGAGAACCUUGCACCUAAAGCAAUGACCUUUAAUUCCAGUUGUUUCAGGAGGCUGUUGGAGACACUCAUCUCUUGCUGCAGAUUUUCUUUAAAAUGUGUUGGCAUGUGGCUCGAAUGAGGCUGAUCACAAAUCUGGUUCUAUGAAGGUGUGCGUACAUGUGUUGCGGGAAACUUUAGAAUGCUGAGGAGUCGAUGCCCAGGCCUCCCAAAUCUCAGCAACACAUUGUGCGUCCCUUUGCUUCAAAUAAGCUUAUGGGUUGGUACAACUUGUUGCUGGGAGGCGGGUUUGAAAUGAAAAAGAAAAAAUACGCAAGUAAAUAAAAGCACAAAGCCACACUAACAUCUCCAAACACCCAAGUUUUCAUGUGCCAGCCGUAAUCCUUAACGUGUUCCCAAACAACACCAACAGCCUGUUUGAAAUGACAACGGGCAUCUGUCUCUUUACGACCUUCAACUCUUAACAAAAGCAGGACGAAGUAUAUGUAGUACUUCCGGUUGAACACUGCACAUACCAGUGUGCAAUGAAUGGGUUUCGGGUAUUUGAGGCCAGGCUGGUGCUGUCCACGUCUCUGACUGCUUCAGGUGCUCGGUAUCUUUUCCUUUUGACCAUUUUACAGUUGUUUCACGGACGACACAUUCUAGUCCAGCAGAGUCGAGUCCGUGUGGUAGACUCGUACAGACCCAGUGUUGACUUUCUCCUUGUCUCGAGUUUUACUAAGACAUUUGGUGAAGCUGUCCCCACCCUCCUCCAACCCUCUCUGGUCUGUUCUGACAGAUGUUCAGGGUUCCUGCACUGUUCCAGAAAGUCCCAGAGACAUCUUUGAGAAGUGACACCUGAACAUGAACCCUCAGAUGUCACUGAGUUCAGUGUUUCAGAUCAGCAGCUCUACAUUUGGUGUUAACAGUGGAGUCGGCCAUGUUUCCAAUGAAGUCGAUGACGUUUGAAUCUGGACUCUGAAGGAACCCUGAACUCUGGAUUAACUUGUAACCUUCAGCAGCUGCAGUGAACCAUUUUACAGAUGACAGUCAAACUCCAGUGAUCCCUUCAGAGCUUAUUUCUUGUGUCUGUUUUUGCCGACCGGACAACACUUUUACUCUUUUCUGUUUACAUCAUCAAACCUGCCAAAACGAAGCUCAGACUCUAAUUUCUUUUUAAGUUUUUGAUUGUUUGCUGGUUAAUUUGGAGGUGACACGGUAAACACGGUCGAUGUUCAUGUUUUUUCUACUUUUUGCCUUAAGAUGCGUCACAUGAGUUCCCGUUCAACAAACGCUGCCCUGCACUCAGACUCAUCUGGUAGUGUCAUAUUGUGCAAACCCUCUGUAUCAGUGUUUGUAUUGACUGAACCUGUGACUCCGCCGGAGACGGAUGGAAGUCACACCAAACAGGUCAUCAUUUGGUUUUUAUCGAGGUGAAUGAGAGGCGGUGUUUGUAGGAUGGGGCAUCAUGUGACAGCACCUUUACUUCAGCAACAGUUUCCUGCUCCUCUGUGUUCGUUAGUUUCUCAAACCGCCACAUUUCUGUAAACAGGAAACAGUUCAAUCCCAGGUGGAUCUUUGUCAGGUAAUGUUUAAAAUCCAUACCCACAGGCUUUAAGAUGAGGGGCGUGGCUACACAACAACCUGAACAUUUCAAAAUGGUUAAAAAGUGACUGCUCACUUACUCCCCCCACUCGUUACUCUUUGUCACUGCGGAGUAUUAGAACAACUGGUCCUUCAUUUCAGACAGAAGUAGAAUAAAUUAUUUCAUUUCAGCUCAGUUCUGUCGUCACUGUCACACUAGCUAAUUAAGCUAACGUUAGUUCCAUGCAUUGGUUGAAAACUCGCUCUCCAACUGACAUUUUCAUUUUUCAUGACUGAUUUGUUUUACAUACAAAAACCCUGUAAAGACGUAAAAACUGACUGAGGCUAAAGCUAACAGGUUCCAGCACACGAUAUAAUGUUAAAAGACUAAGGCUAAAGCUAACAAGACAGGACGUGAUGCUAACAGAUUGAGGCUAAAGCUAACAAGACAGGAUAUGAUGCUAACAGAUUGAGGCUUAAGCUAACAAGACAGGAUAUGAUGCUAAUUGAUGGAACUAAAGCUAACCUCGACUAGAUGCUGAGAUAUGAUUGGAUAGUCCCAGUUGGUGGGAGGUGUUUAGAGAAUGAAAACUUUAUUCAAACUGCGUCCCGUUGACAGGUUUGACCUGAUAAAGAUCCGACUGGGAAAUCUAAACACUGUGUUUAACUUCCUGUCUACACGAAUAAAAUUAUUUUUGAAAACCCCUCUUCUCCUCCACGUUUUGACCUCUUGUCCACACAAACGCAAAUUCUGGAAAACACCUCGUACAGUGCAGAUCUGUCUAAACUUCUGCUAUUGUGUAUCUGAUUGGAGCAUUUGGGAAACUAUGUCAUCUUCCCAGUUUGCACAUGGCUGUUGUUGCUUUGUGCAAUGAGCAUACGCCAAAAACAACAGCAGCAGCAGGCUAACAGCUUGUUUAUUUUGUUAGCACUGCUUCAGUCUAAUCAUGACGUUACAUCAACCCGCUGUGCUGCUGCACCACUUCAAAGACGAGUUGAGUGGUCUGCGGCGCUCGACGUUACCUGGUCAACCUCAGCAUCUGCGGCCUGAAGUCGUCCAGAAAAAAACAUUUUGGGAUCAUUCUUUGGUGUUUGACACUUUGUCGAGGCAGCUUUUACCAACACCUAGUGGCCGGGUGAGUGUUUUGAGUCGUUCUGGUGUGGACGGAGACAUAUUGUAAAAACCAAGGUAGUUUUUAAAAAUAUCAGUUUAUGUGUAGACGGGACCUGAACAGGUAAACAGGUGUUUCUGGAGUGAUGUCAAAGUUUCAGACUGGACUCUGUGACAGACGUGGUUUCGUAAAAGUCCCUGAUCAUCAGAAACUGUCGGAGCAGGGUGUCGUCGUUCAGUUUCAUGUUUCAGUUUCAGCGGACACAACUUUUCUGUUCAUGAUGAUUGUCUUGUUCUUAUUUUUUUGUUUGUUGUUGACAAAAUCAAAACCAAACAAACAAACAGAAAACCCUUGGUAACCACCGGCCUGAAGACAUUUCAUGUUAAACUGAACCCCCCCCCUCCCUUCCACACACACACACACACACACACACACACACACACGUUUUACUCUGUCCCUCCUGAUUUUAUAAUGAAAUAAAAACACUGUAAAGGUGAAUAAACUAUUUAUAAACAUC